CUCAGACAUCUGCUACACACUGUCCUUUGGCCUUGCUGACCUCACAUAAAUCCCCUCCUGCUCUAAUUCACUGCCCACGGCCUUGCCAAUAAAAGCGAGGCUCAUCCCUGCUGCAGGGAACUCUAUUUCCAUCCCGUGCAGCUCAGCCGCCUUCUUCUCCUGGGUCCUGCCAGCCAUGAAGCUUCUUCUCCUAUUUCUUGCUAUUCUUCUGGCCAUGGAACCAGUGACAUCAGGAGAAUGUUGGAUGGACGGACACUGUCGGCUGGUGUGCAAAGAUGAUGAAGAUUUCAUCACACGCUGCCCAAAUCGUAAACGGUGCUGUGUCCUUAGUCGUUAUUUAACAAUGAAACCAGUAACAAUUGAUGGAGAGCUUGGCUGGACCACUCCUCCUUCUCAGACAUCCAAACCAAUCAGUAAAAGGAAGCCAAAUAGAAAUAAUGUAUAGAAAUAAUUUUGUUUCAGGUUCCACAUUCCAUUAAAACUCACAAAUUUG